UCAAAACAGAUUGGAUUGACUUCAAAAAACGCGCAACUGCCGGCUGCAGCGGGCGACAAUAGAAUUUCUCAUACACAUUUAUUUUCGACAUAAUUAAUAAAUAAAAGGACUUAAAGUGUAGUGCGGGUGUAUAAAGUGAUAACGAAUAUAUUUAGUUCAACCGCGAACUUUUUUCAUUUUUAAAGUUUCGCCUUAUUUAGUACAAUGGGAGAACUGGGAGCCAAAUUGGGCCUGGAUGAGCUGGCUGGAGGCGCCGCCGGCAUCAGCAGAGCACUACUAGCUGAGUUCAUAGGCAACAUCCUUCUGAACCUUUUCGGCUGCGGAGCGUGCAUCAACGUGGCGCAGGGCUCCUCGGCCGCGCCAGACAUCGUGCUCAUCGCGCUCGCCUUCGGGCUGGCGGUGUAUGCUGCGGUGUCUGCGAUAGGCCAUGUCUCCGGUGGCCACAUAAACCCAGCGGUUACCGUGGGUCUCGCCGCAGCGGGCCGUGUGAAGCCUGUGCGCGCCAUCUUGUACAUCAUCGCGCAAUGCGCGGGCGCCGCGGCAGGCUCAGGCCUACUGAAGGCCUUCACGCCUGAUCGGGUCGCCGGCAGCCUCGGAGUCACCGGGCUUGGUGCUGACGUCACAGCACUCCAGGGCUUCGGCAUCGAGUUCUUCCUUGGCUUCGUUCUUGUCUUCGUUGUUUGUGGGGUGUGUGACCAGCACAAGCCUGACAGCAAAUCCACAGCACCCCUCGCCAUCGGCCUGACCGUCACCCUCGGCCAUCUGCUGGCUGUUGACUACACAGGCUCUGCCAUGAACCCCGCCCGCUCCUUCGGAUCUGCACUCGUCGCCAACGUUUGGGCCAACCACUGGGUGUACUGGGCGGGCCCAGUGGCCGGCGGAGUGGCGGCGGCUCUCCUCUACGUGCACGGCUUCUCGGCGCCGCCGCAGGAGACUCCGCGCUACAGGCCCGUGGCUGCCGACGAGAAAGAGCUGAAGCGACUUGACGGAGGCAAAGCAGACGAUCUUGCCUGAGACGCGCCUAUCUCGGUGCCGCGAGACACCCGCCCCCGGGCCCCCUCGCCGCCCCUCAGGCAACACCUCCAGGUGCACACAUACUUAUGAACUCACACACCAGUGGACACAUUCCAAAUCCAGCCCAAGUAUGGAGAAACUACGCGAGCCAUCGACAGCAGUCGCCGUCAUCACCCUAUAGACUACAUCGAUUGAUAAAUUCUGCCUCUACAAUGUGACAUUCGUUAACGAUUCCGUUUCGAAACUACUUAUACAAAACCGUGUAUUCCCGAAAUGUCCCGUUGACCCCCAGUCCCCACUAUUUGUUGUUCCCCUCUGGCGGACAUCGGGUUAAGUUUGUCGAACGAAACACAACACGCCAUCUAUCAACGAGUAGAUUAACGAAAUUUAGCAUGUACAAAACAAAUAACAAUGAACAGUAAGUACCUACUGCCAUCUACAUUUUUGUACGUAACUUAGUAUGGCGAGCGAAUCGCAUUUCGAUGUUACAUUGUCCACAGGCACAACACCAAAUUAUACACCAAUCGUCAAUGCAAUGUGACCACGACCAGUAGAGCACUUCCACUUAAAUCUUGUAGUUUUUAUACCGUACCUACUUUAUACUAUGUAAUAAAAUAACUUUCUCCAAUUGGCGCACUUAUUAAAUAAGUUUGUAAUCUCUUAUGAAUUUGUAAUAAGAAUAUUUUAUAGAUUGGGCUUCAUGAAUGUGUCCUUUAAUGUAACCAAAAUAAUGUAUUGCAUUUUAUAAACUUCGACAAUGUAUUGUAAUGUAGCACCGACCGUAGCGCCCCAAACAAGUGUUGUACCAAGACCACAUAAUUAUUUUAUAGAACUCACCAAGUGAUAGUUUAAAGUAACUAAUGCUAGAACAAACAUUAAAGUACAUAAUGAUAGUAUUUAAAAAUACCAUUCAGUACUACAAAGUAAUUAAGUACACCAAAAUCACACUUUCAUUGCGAAACAUACUAAGUAUGUACAUAAUACUGUAGAGAUUUUAUACUAUUGGAGAUUUUAUUCUUAACGAUUUAAUAUUAAAAGUAGAAUAAGUAAGAGUAAUGUAAGUAUAUAUUUUGCUAUACCUACAGACAAACUUUUACUCAAUUAUUAUAACUUUGUAGUUUUUAUGGCUAUUUAUCUUGGCUGCACUUCUCAUGUUAUUCGUGUACUAGUUUUUAAAUGUUUAAAAUUCACAAAAGAAAACACAAUUUGGUUUUCAUACAUAUUGUAAGAAAAUUUCAAAAUUGAUACAAAUAGUGUAGAUUAUAAGAGUAAGGUUAUU